CCAACACCAAGCUGCCCUGCCCAAAAUGGUAUUUCCAACUUCGGCAAAACUAUCAUGUCUUUCUCUUCUUACAUCUCUUCGCAAUCUACUCAGACGGUCGCACGCACUCCUACCAGAUCGAUAAUGGAGCCAGGCGAGAACAACGAGCACAGGCGGCAAAAGAAGAGCAAACCAAGCAGCCAAAACCGCACACCACGGCCGUCCCAAGGCAGCAAUCCCAAAAGACGCCCCAGCCAUUUUGAUGAUGAUCUCGGACAGCAGGACCAUGGCAGUACCCCCAAGACACGCCCCGGCCAUUUUGAUGAUGAUCUGGGACAGCCGUCCCAUGGCAGUAAUCCCAAGAGACGCCCCGGCCAUUUUGAUGAUGAUCUAGGACAGCCGCCCCAUGGCAACAAUCCCGAAAGACGCCUCAGCCAUUCUGUCGCUACAGAUCUAUUUAAUGCCAUGCUACCGACGCAAUUCCGCAUUUCAGACAGCCUCAUCAAUGAUGGACAAUCCAUUAACCAAACCCAAGAGCAAUCAGCCCAGCCAAGACCUUCAUCUAACGCUCAGAUGUUUGGAGAUGAGUCAAACAUUGACCCUGGGUUAAAUAAUGAGGCUGUUGUUGAGACUCAGAGCGAGGAUGAGGAUAGUGAUGAUGAUUUGGAGGAGAUACCAGCGCCAGUCACAAAUCAUAACCGACGUAAACGGUCUGCUCCUGAUCCAACAACAGAGGAUGUGAUCCCGAUCCCCCAUGUCAAGCGAAAGAGCCGAAAAGAAAUGAGCGACUGGAAUGAGGAUCUUGAAAAAACGUUCAAGCAGUUUGAAGUUAGCUGCAGAGUCGGGAUGUUAUGUCGGCUCAACCGUGAUUUUGAGGAGGACGCCAUAAACUUUCACUUUCAGCACAUCAAAGGAACGGACCGCCAAUAUGUCCUGCAGGAUGCGCGUCAGAAGUGUGCAAACAAUAUUAACACCUGGAGAUGCCGCGCUAUGGAUAAGCAUGAAGAUUAUCUCAAAGAACUUCGCAAGAGGUCAACGCUUCUGGAUGGAGAGAAAGACGUUGUUAGAGUCCAAGCACAUCUUGCAGAACAAUACACCCUGGAUACGUUCAUAACGGUUUUUCAAUUCGUCAGUAGCAAGGUCGACUUCAAAAAGUCAUCUAAGAAGGUCCUCCGGUGGUGCAAAAUGAUCUUUUGCUACAUGGGGGCUCAGAUUAAGCUUGCACAGGAUGUAGAACGCGGCAAACUUGAUGACCCCAAUGAUGACUACACUCGUGCGGCCAUCCAGGAAAAGCUUCGACUGUUUUCAAGAGAGGAAUAGAUUCAGGUACACGUUCCAAGGUCAGCAGAGGUGGCAUUGUUUCCCGCCAGAGCUCCACAGAACAAGCGGAGACGCGUGGAGAUUAAGGAAUCAACGGUAUACAUACCGGAUUGGUCGGAGGAUGAUGAAUCUUUGGACGGUUAAUGCGUUAUGUUAUAUUCAUGGAUGGGCGUGGGAUGAUUAUGGAGCUUAUGUCUUGGAGUUUUUCUAUGCUAUUUGACUGGGGAUGGUGAAUCAUGGUACGGGAAAGAUCUGUAUAUUACAUUGUUUUUAUCUUUUUCUUUUUUCACAAUCGCUCAGCUUAACAAGAGCGUCUAAUGUAAUAAGUCAGGCCAUAGAUUAGGAUGCCUGCUAUAUAUUAUGCUGGGAAUAAACUUGAUCCAUGCA